UGUGAGCCUACCUUCCGAUUCCUGCGCCAUUGCCGCCGCUCUUUGCGUCCACAGCAUGUCUGAUGCCGAGAAACCGAAAUUCUUCAGCACCUUGUUGGCGUCCAUACAAAAGGAAGAGCCUCCGCCUCCUAGCUCGUCGUCUGCUGCCUCGCGCAAACCUCCGCAGAAGAAAACUUCCCAUGACGACAGCGCCAGGCAAUUGCAUUCACGUAAGACCCAUGGCCAUGCGAAUGAGAGUGGACACCACAAGAGCAAGUCUAAAAAGAACUUCGUCUACGCGCCUGUCAAGAAGGCCUCAACGACAACCGAUGUCCCGUCGGAGUCUUCCCCUCUUGAGUCAGAAGUAAUCCCAACACCACCGACGCCACUUGGACAGCGUCCACAGUCCACACCUCCUGAAGCACCUGCAACAAAGAAGCCAUUUGAUUCGUCACUGCAAGCCUCUCUCCAAAACAGCAAUGCUCGAACCCAGUCGAAACUUUCCUCGUCCUCGUCCUUGCCCCGCCAGGAUGGUUUUACCUCAACUCCAUCCUCCGCCUCACCUGUCGAUGUAUCUCGUGGGGAGGAAUCGCGACCGAUAGGAUUCAAGUCGUCGCUUCAAUCUUCCCUCCAGGUAUCACUGCAGUCAGUGAAGGACACAUCCGACGAAGUUGUGGCUGCGCCGAAGAAGACUCUUCGACAAUCCAUCGAAGAAAGAGGGCAAAAUGCUCCCACCGACAGAGCCUACAUCCGAUCUGCCUCAUACUCAUCGCGCGACGACAAGCCUCGGGUUUAUGGAGGACGGCGUCAAGAGAGCGACUUUCGUCCGACUGGCGAUGUGUCCAGAGAUAGGCUGUCUCGGCAUACGAGUUUUGACCGUGGUGCCAACCCUCCGCAUCUCACCCGACAAGCAUCGUCCGAAAAACGAGAGCCACCUUCGAUUCUGUCGCGCCUGGGACCUCCCACCGACUCGGAUUCGGACGUUCUCUCCCGCCGGCAGACCGCUUCUUUGUCCAUCCAUUCCCGCGUCGGUCCGUCGGUGGAAUCAACUAAGCGUGACGAAUCCCUGCCGCGGUCGCUUGGCACUCGCCACUCCACCGACGACGGUUCUCGAACCUGUGGCAAGGACAAAGCCUACUCCACCUUUGGCAAGCCACCAUCCUCUCGAUCGCCAGUGUUCGAGAAGCCAUCCGUUAAAGGCGGGUCCUCCUUGCUGCAACCGAGCGCGACGCAACCUCUUCGCGCGACCCCUCCAUCGUUACAAUUCUCCAAACCGUCCGUGAAGGGAUCGUCACUCGUCGAGGACAUCUCAACGAUGGACUCGCUGCGACAGCAACUGACUUCGUCCAUGGCGCUGAGUUUGGCGCGAAGCAAUGCUCGAGCCCAUGCCCGCGAAGCUCUUGUCAAAACGCGGUACACAGUGGCACAAUUACGAGCGCUCAACACGGCGCCAAAUGCUCCUCGUCCAGCCGAUCUAGUCGACUUGACUGCGAUCUCUGUUGUCCCUGCGUCUCCCCGCAAGUCGUCCAAGAUGACUUCUCGCUUCUCAACCUCCAAAGCUACGUCGUCCGUCGUCCGCAUCCGUUCAGCGCAGUCGGCGAAAGCAGCAUCCUCUCAACGUGGUGGCAAAGGUGGUCGAGGUGGCCAAAAAGGCAAGUCGUUGCGGCACCAACCACCGCCACCCCCGUUGUCGGACGAGCCCGUCGUGCCGUAUGUCAAAUCGGAGACCCGAUGGGUGCCGUCGAAAGAAAAGGAAAAGCCCAAGGACAUCCAACACCAAGUCAAGACUCUCCUCAACAAGCUGACGCGGGACCAGUUCGAGAAGAUCACAGCCGAUUUGAGCGCCAUACCUCUCAAGUCCCUGGACAUGCUGAGCACAGUCAUUGCCAUGAUCAUGGACAAAGCUCUCGACGAACCAAACUUUGCAGAAGUGUACGCAGAUCUGUGUGCGAGAUUACACCAGCACAUUGUCGCCCAUCCGCUGCCAUUCCUCCACGCCGCGUAUCAUGUAUCGGACCAGGUGUGGUACUGGACGGCGGCGAAUCGAAGCACGUUUCCGGUCUUUCACGGUCCUGUGUCCAGUCGAGACGAGUGCCUUGCGGCAGCCGCUUCGUUCGACUCCAACGCUGACGGCGUGCCGGCAGAACAGGUUCAAGCGCCAUCCUUUUUUGUGGACAAGGAUCGUUUGGUUGUUGUGGCAACAAGACCAGGAAACCCCAAGGGUCUGUACUAUGCAGCCGUCAACGUAAACGACCUCAAGGAGAACGAGCCACUGCUCGGUGGAUUUGCCACGGAGGAACUGGCCAUGAAGAAUGCCGUAAAACUCACGAGCUUCAAGCGCCUCCUCAUCACGCGAUGCCAACACAAGUUUGACAACAGCGACGCCAAGCCAAAGCCAUCCGACGACGCGGACGACCAUGCCGCCGCUCGCGCGGCGCGACGCAUGAAGACGUUAAUGUUGGGCAAUAUGCGCUUCCUCGGCGAGCUGUUCAAAGUCGAAUUGAUUGCGGAAUCGGUGGUGCAGGAGUGCAUCUUCAAACUGCUUGGGCUCAAACUCGUACAAGUUGAAGGCGGCGCGCAGGCGGCGCAGACCGUUCGCAUGCCCGACGAAGAGGACCUCGAAGCAUUGUGCAAAAUGCUCGCGACGGUGGGCAAGAAAUUUGAUCACAUGGGCAACAAAACGGCGAUGACGAUGAUCGUUGUGCGCAUGGUCGAGCUCUCCGACACGCCAUCGCUGCCAUCGCGCAUCCGCUUCCUGCUUAAGGACGUGCUCGAAAUGCGCGACUACCAAUGGGUUCCGAGGCGCAAGGAACUUCAACAAAAAACGCUGGUCGAAGUCCGGAGAGAAGCCGAAAAGUUGCAAAAGCUUGGCAAGAACGCUCAACACGAUGAUUUGCAAGGCAAGCGGCACCGCGCGGCGCAUUCGAGCUUGGACUUGGCCAAGGAAAACAGCAUGCUGUUGCUGCGACAGAUACCCGCGGUGUCGUCGAUUCCAGGGAAGGCGGCGGUCGUGGACCCCACCAACCGCAUCAAGAGCAUUCUCCAAGAGUACCAGUCCCUGCGUGACAUUGACGAAACGAGGCAAUGCGUCGCGGAGCUGCCCCGCGAGAACCACUUACAAGUUGUCGAGCAAGCGUUGUCGGUGGCAGUGGAGGGCAAGGAGAAGGAACGGGAGGCAGCGGUCGACAUGCUCGUUGGGUUGUACGAGACGCUGCACCUCGGUGCAACGGAGAUCCAAAGUGGCGUGCUUAGCACUCUCGAAUUUCUCGACGACCUUCGCAUUGACAUUCCCAUGGUCCAUGAGUACUGCGGCCACAUCCUCGGUCGGUUGAUUGUUGCCGGGUGCUUUGGACUGAGCUGGCUGCAGUUGGGUGUGGCUCACCUGGCUGAAUCUGGGCUGGCGGGCAAGGUCCUCGUCGAGGUGCUUUCUGUGAUGGACGACGAGCUGGGCUUCGACUCGGUGGUUGCGAUGUUGGCGCGCGAGGAGCUCAACGUGGCUGGGUUCUUGCCGCCUGACCAGCAGUCGCCCGACGACGUCACAGCCUUCCUCAAACUCUAUGACUUAACGAGCUACUUUUACGACGACGACGACGACGAGGAAGACGAAGAGGUCAAGGAGGCGCUGCACUCGAUGGUGCAAGAGUUUUUUGUCGUUCAAGACUUGAACGAAGUCGACGCAUGUUUGCAAGACUUGGAUGCGCACCCGUGGGCUGUGUCCCUGGUCAAAGCCGUCCUGAAUAUCCUCUGCGAAUGCAAGCAAGUUCAGCGCCCUCUCGUUCUCGCGCUACUCCGCCACGUCCUCCCCAACGUCCCACAGACGGACCUGGAUGCUGGCCUCGCGUGGUGGCUCAACCAGCUCGACGAUGUUGUGAUUGACGUGCCCCAAGCCGCCGUCUACGUAGCCCCAGUGCUUGCGCUGGCGCUGCACGAACGAGCGCUGACGUGGCCGUGGCUUGCGUCGGCGGUGGAAAACGUACAGGAGUCGACCAAAGUACAGCUCGUGGAAGGAAUCUGCAACACGCUGGACUCGUGGAACGACCGAGACCACACGAGACAGGUGAUUCAAGAAAGCGGAGUCUCGCUGUGUACAUUCGCAACCCGAGGAGGCGACCGACUCUUGCCGUGGUUUGCAUGAGAGGAACCAAAGGCGUUGAUGUAACAAACCUUAUUGAAUUGUACACGAAGAGCA